UAAUGAGUUUGAGUUGGUUGGUGUCUCCUUAAUUGCAUAAAACUACUAAUGGCUAUUUUAUAAAUCAUGACAAUAUCAUGCUUGGUAUUUGAAAUCACAAUUAUUAAUCAGCUGGACCACAAGAUAAGAGAAGAUUAAUAUUUUAUUAUAUUGCAAGCUAGACACCAGAGAAGAUUUCAAAAGAAGAUCAUUCGAAAUAUAUCAAAGAGAAAUUUAUUGAUGUAGAUGCAAGAUCAGGAAUAUUUUCAUUUGGUGGUAUUUUCUUGGCCUUAGCAACAAUAAGGGAAUAAUAAUUAAUUACUUCAAGAAUUACAAGUCGUCCAAUUUUAAAUAGUAUUUUUGUUUUGGGAAUUGGUAAUUUAAAUAUAAUAAUACCUUUAGGUUUGGUUUCAGCUGCAUUUUCAUAUAACCUUUCUUAAAUAUUAUUUGAGCCAAUUUUUGUUUAAAGAAAUAAGGUGAUAUCUGAUUUAGCUGAGAAAUAUAACUUUUCAGUGUUUGAUUUUGCUUUGGCAAAGAAGGAAGCCAGAUUGAAACAAUUAAGAGCAGAAUUAACAAGUGACAGUAGUAAUGCAGCACAUUUCUGAUU